AUGGAUGCCUAUGGUCUCAUGAAAGGAAUCAUAUUUUUAAUUCUGACAAUUAUUGGAAUUUUUGGAAAUGUAAUUAUAAUAUAUUUCUAUGGAACUUUCUGCCUAAAGGAAAAAGUGAAGACUUCAGAACUUAUCACUGGAAAGCUGGCAUGGGCAAACCUAAUCUCAGUUCUAACACGGGGCCUGCCACGUUCACUGUUUGUUUUUGGACUUCAGAAUCUCUUCAACGAUAUUGGCUGUAAGCUAGUUGUCUUUGCAUCUAGACUUUCUAGAGCAAUGUCCUUGUGUUUGACAUGCCUUCUGAGUUGUUUCCAGUGUGCUGUCCUCCUUUCCUCAAAUCAUAACUGGGCUUCUGUAAAAAUAAAAUUGCAAAAAUUUUUGCCGCAUAUCUUCGCAUUGCUUCUGUUGAUGAAUUCAUUGGUAUAUGUGUCAAGAACUAUGUGCUCUGUGUCUGGAAGAAACUCUUCUCACCUACCAUACACUAGUGACUUGGGAUACUGCCUUAUCAUUUUUCCAGAUAAAGUAUCACUGCAAGCAAAUGGAUUUGCCAGUUUUACUCGGGAUAUGGUGUUUGUGAUAUUUAUGGCUAUGGCUAGUGCUAAAAUGCUAUUAGUCCUUUACUGGCAUGGAAAACGUGUUCAAGGCAUGAGGAGUUCAGACAAUAACCAAGAAAGUAGAAUGGAAAGUAAAGCAGCAAAAACUAUUUCCACCUUAGUUGGCUUAUAUAUUUUUUUCUUUGGGGUAGACAGCACAAUUUGGCUUUACCAAGCCACAGUGUCUGAUGAAGUCCAUGUUAUUGUAACAGAUGUACGCACUUUCUUUUCAGUAUGUUACUCAUCUGUAUUCCCUAUUGUUAUAAUCAUCUCCAAUACAAAGGUGAAAACUAAAUUAAAAUACCGGAAAAGUGAACAAGAAAAAACUGAAAACAUAGCUUAUAUACAUUAG